AUGCCGCUCGCCAUCUUACGCACCCCUACGAGGGACCUCGCCCGUCGCAUGCCAUCGCGAUUGGCAUCAACCAGCACCAGACAGCCCCUCAAGUACGCCGGUCGCAUCCCGAAGCCUGCUCCACCACCGCCAGGCCCCGGCGAGACAAAGACUCCCGCCGGCCAGGAAGAGACCAACCAGGCCCGCAAAGCCAUCAUGGACUCUAUCCAACACGACCGAAAACAAGACUACAAGCAGAGAUAUAGCUCCAUGUUCUGGAAGUGGACUUUUAUCAUCUGCGGCUCGCCUAUUGUCCUUGUCCUCGGCCCCUACUUGUACAGAAGAAGUGCGCAUANNAAUCAUAUUCCCCAACUAUCAAACAGCGCUAACAUUACUAUGCAGUCUUCAUGGGUGAAGAGCGAAAGAGGCUUAUCAUAG